AUGGGUAAACAUACUCUACUAGUGGUUCUAACGUUUUUCCUGAGUUCUGUUGUAUCGUUUGAGAUGUGGCAUUUAACAGACGUCCACCUUGACCCACUUUACAAAACACACAGUGACCCCCUCCAGUUAUGUCGUGGUGGGAAAGGGAACAGUGGGAAGUAUGGAGACUAUUCGUGUGACGCAAACAACGCUUUAAUGGAGACGUUAGUCUCUUUUAUGAAGGCGAAUACUGACAUUAAUGGUAAAGUGAUAUUAUACACGGGUGAUAUAGUGUCACGAGCACUUCCAAAUUACAACCAAGACACGGUGAAGAACGCAGUCGAAAAUAUCACAACCUUUUUAAGGAAAUUUCCCGACUAUUUUGUUGUACCUGUUUUGGGGAAUCACGACGUGUUUCCUGCGAAUCAAAUGGCUAUUAACUCGCAGUGGAUGUUCAACUACGCUGCUGACUUGUGGGUGCCAUUUCUGACAAAAGACGCAUUGGAGAGUUUCAAACACGGCGGGUACUAUUACAUGCAAUUUCCAGCCAAACUUGGGAUCAAAAAACAGUUAAAUGUUGUUGUGUUGAACACUGUGUUAUAUUACAAUUACAACAAACAGACGAUGGACGGGACAGACCCGCUUGGGCAAUUUGAGUGGUACCGCAACACUAUGGACGGAUUUAGAAAAACAGGGCAAAGAGCUUUAGUUGCGAUGCAUAUCUGUCCUGGUGUGGCUGAGAGGUUUAACUACUCCGAUCAAUUAUAUCCACAAUAUAAUGAUCGACUUGUCGACCUUUUGUCCGAAUAUAGUGACAUCACAUCCGGUAUCAUCUGUGGACAUCUCCAUACCGACACAUUCAGAAUAGUCGGGAGUGGCAAUAAGAAGAUUUUGGCCUUAAUUGGACCGUCGGUAGACACUUGGCUUGGUACAUCCCCAUCGAUUAGAAAAGUUGAUAUGGGCGAUGGGACUGGGUUCAUGGCUUCGUUCAAGAACUACAACUUUUUGUUAAGACCAAAAGGGAAGAAGAAGGGAGAAAAAGGCAAAGAAGUGAAGACAGAUAAAUAUAAUAAGUGGAAGUUCAACUACGAAUCAAGCGCGGAGUAUGGGGUGAACAGUUUGAGUCCUAGCGAGUUUGAGGUGUUGUUUGCUAGAAUGGAAAAGGACGAAAAACUGUUCGAGAAGUAUCACAAACACUUCAGAGGAGAUACACCCGGGUUUGAAUGUAACGGAAAUUGUAAGGCUAAUUGUCUCUGUGCUGUAAGGUACCCAAAACAAAACGACUUUGCGAAUUGUGUUGUUUGGAAUUAA